AUGAGUUUAAAUAAAAUGCUGUCUAGUAGAUUUCCAUUCUUAGCAGUGAACAAUAGAAAUUACAAGAAAAUUUGUAAGAUUCAUACAACUUCAUUUAACUCGAGUUCCUUCAAAGCUGGUGAUAAGAUAAGAAUCCAAAAGACUUUGUCCCAGAAAGAUUUGGAUACAUUUUCAAAUCUUACUAGUGAUCACAAUAGUCUACAUAAAAACAACGGCAACAAAAGGCCCAUUGUACAUGGAGCAUUCCUAAACGGCCUAGUUGCAGGUCUCAUCGGCACGCACUUGCCCGGUCCGGGCACUGUCGUGUUGUCACAGACUAUGAAAUUCCCCAACAAGUGUUUUGUUGGUGAGAAAUUAACGAUAAGUGUUGAAUUGGUGGAUGUGAGAAAAAUAUUACGAGUGAAGUUCUUCUGUAUAGUGGAAGAAGAGAAGAAGGUUGUGUUUGAAGGUGAAGCAAAGCUCAUGUUGGCUAAAGAUUAAGAAUAAUUAAUAAUUAACAUUAGUUAAACCAUAG